AUGACUUGCGAGAAUUUGAGAGUUUUACCGUUGGCUAGUAGAGCGCAACAUAAAAAAGAGACUUCGACUCAUCGCAAAAAUUACAUCAAUUAUAAACUCAUAUACAUCCGUUCAGUAUACUCUGCUUUUAGAUUUUAUGAUUUUCAAUUCGAGGCUAUACCGAAAUGCACGGGGAAAAUGGGAGAAAUGGUUUUCAAGAAUUUUCAGGUUAGUGAAAAUCCUUAA